AUGGGGCGUAGAAAAUCCAAGAGAAAGCCUCCCCCGAAGAAAAAAAUGACAGGCAAUUUGGACACGCAGUUCACAUGUCCGUUUUGUAACCACGAGAAAUCCUGCGACGUGAAAAUGGAGCGAACACGAAACACAGGAAUAAUAUCUUGCAGUGUUUGCUUGGAGGAGUUUCAGACUCCUAUUACCUAUUUAUCAGAACCAGUGGAUGUUUACAGUGACUGGAUAGAUGCAUGCGAAGCAGCCAAUCAGUGA